AUGGCUGUGGAAGACCAGAAACCAGCCAACACCGAAACCAAGGUGGCGGCGCCUCAAGAGGGACAACACCACACGCCAAUUGCCGGCAUGGACUAUAAUCCCGAUCCAGCGCUGAACCCUGCCAACCAACAUACUCACGCGCAUCAUCACCAUUCACCCCGUAUUGACGCUGCCGGCGGCCACGAUGAUGCUGUUUACACUUCAGGAACCACCGUGGACCCUUCUGCGAUCCCUGCUCAACAGCACCACCACGACCACCACCACGCUCACGGUGUCGACAAGAAAGGUUCUCUGACCCCUCCCGAGUACAGCGAUAACGAAAAGGCCGAGCCUGGCGUGGUCAGCACCGGGCGAGGCUCUGGCUCGACCGACCAUGAACACGGCGGGGUUGGAGACCGAGUCAAGGCUUUGUACAGACGCUUUCGUCCCGUCUUUCACCUCAUCUACUUCCUGUUCUUUACCGGCUGGUGGAUCGCAUCUCUCAUCCUGCACAGAGAUGACAAGAAUUGGGUGGUUCCGUUCCUGUUGUGGCUCGCCAUAUCGCUGCGAUUGAUGUUCUACUACGUCCCAAGUCGCUAUGUUUCUACUGCUCUUCGUUGGGUAUGGGGUCACACUGCCUUGGUGGUUUAUGAGUUGAUCCCUCCAGCUUUCCGUGUCCCUCUGGGCGCUUUCGGUGCCUUGUGUGUCAUCAUCGUGGGCAGUUUCGCCUCGGAGGAAGUUGCUGACAACAAUCGUGCCAACCGAGCUGUCAGUCUGUUUGGUUUGAUUGUCAUGAUCUUCGUCUUCUGGGCCACCAGCAAGCACCGCAGCCGCAUCAACUGGAGGACUGUCAUUGUCGGCAUGUUAUCCCAGUAUAUCAUUGGUCUUUUCGUGCUGCGAACUGGCGUCGGUUAUGACAUCUUCAAGUUCAUCGCUGAUCGUGCCGGCGAUCUCUUGGGUUUUGCUCGUCAAGGUGUUGCCUUCCUCACCUCUCCUGAGACUUCGGAGACUCCCUGGUUCUUCUUCGGUGUCAUUCCUGCCAUCAUCUUCUUCAUCUCCCUGGUACAGGUUCUCUACUACAUUGGCUUCCUCCAGUGGUUCAUCAAGAAGUUUGCCACCUUUGUGUUCUGGGCUCUUGGUGUCUCUGGCGCAGAGGCUGUUGUCGCUGCUGCUACUCCCUUCAUCGGCCAGGGAGAGUCUGCCAUGCUUGUCCGACCUUUCGUACCUCACAUGACCAAGGCUGAGCUCCAUCAGAUCAUGACUUGUGGUUUUGCUACCAUUUCUGGUUCCGUUUUGGUUGGUUACAUUCAGCUGGGUUUGAACCCUGAGGCUCUGGUUUCCUCUUGCAUCAUGUCUAUUCCUGCCUCACUGGCCAUUUCCAAGAUGCGAUAUCCUGAGACCGAGGAGACCCUGACCGCUGGACGUGUCGUGAUUCCUGACGACGAUGAGCACAAGGCUGAGAAUGCCCUGCACGCUUUUGCCAACGGUGCCUGGCUCGGUAUCAAGAUCGGAGGUACCAUUAUUGCAUCACUUCUGUGCAUCAUUGCCUUUGUUGGUCUCAUCAACGCUCUCAUGACCUGGUGGGGACGUUACCUCAACAUCAAUGAUCCCACCUUGACCUUGCAGACAAUUCUUGGUUAUGCACUGUACCCUGUGGCCUUCCUUUUGGGUGUCCCUCGAGACAACAACGACAUUCUCUUGGUUGCCCGCUUGAUUGCUCAAAAAGUCAUCACCAACGAAUACAACGGCUUCCACGAUCUCACCACCGACAAGACCUACGCUGGUCUCUCUCCUCGCUCCCGACUCAUUGCUACAUACGCGCUUUGCGGCUUUGGUAACAUUGGUUCCCUGGGUAUUCAGAUUGGUAUCCUUGGACAGCUUGCUCCGUCUCGUGGCGGCGAAGUCUCCAAGCUGGCAGUCUCGGCUCUCAUCUCAGGUGUUGUUGCUACUUUGACAUCAGCCACCGUUGCCGGUCUGGUUAUCACCACCCAGAUUACCAACUUCUCGAGCGCACCUCAGACUUAA